CGGAAGAUAUCGCGACAGAGGCAUGGCCGGGUCGUCGUCCGAUUCCGUCAAAAUGGAGAGACUCCGGAACAUUGCGGCGGAAAACCCGGAAAAGUCCGUCGACGUGGAAGCACCGGAAGCGGCUGGUGCGGUGACGAAGAACUCGGAGGAUUCCACGUCCGCCGACGUGGAAGCGGUCGAGGAUGUUGUGGUGAAGAACAUAGCGUCCGUCGACACGACGGACAAGAAGGCCAAGCAGGAGAACACCUUCGCCGCCAAAAAGACCGUGGCGCAGGGUAUGAUGGACGUUGCGCUCAUAACGGCUAACGCGAACCAGUUGAGGUAUCUGUUCGAGUACCAGCGCAAUAGCCCGACGUUUUACUUCAUCGUGAUCCUGAUCGCCAUCAGUCUCUUGUUACAGGUCGCCGUUGGCGUCAGUUUGAUCUUCAAGGGUCGAUAUGACUUGAAGGGCAAGUCGAAAUGCCGCAAAGCUCAGAUGAUUAACAAUUACGUCGUAGCGGCGGUUUUUCUUAUUACGAUCAUCAAUGUGUUCAUAGCUGCGUUUAGUAUAUCUGCCCCAACCACGCAACCGCUAUAAGUUUCGGCCGUAUCUACGGCAGUCAGGACGUAAAUGCUCCCCCGUCACGAACGAUAUUCUAAUUACGCUUACAUCUGUUCUGUUCUUAAUAUUAAUAAUUCUUAAUACAACGAUAUGAAUGCGACGAAGGAUACGAAUAUAGUUUCUAAUGACUAAUUGUUAAAAUAGAUUGAAAUGAUAAAAGUCAGCGAUAUUAUAACUUAUUAUAGAUACGUUAAUAUGUAAUUAUAUAUUAUUCUUAUAUAAAUGUAGAUGUAUGUAUGUGUAAUAGUGAUGCCAGCAAAUUAUUUUAUUUAAGAUUUAGUCAACUGCGCCAUUUCUCGUUGUCUUCGAAAGAAUGCGUGAUUAUAAAGUACGAAUGGUUUCGCGAAAUUGUUCACACUUGGAUCUUCCGUUCCAAUAAAUAAAAAUUGUGCGUGAUGCUAAGAUUUCGUUUAUUGUAUAAUAUAACAUAAUAUAAUGUAACACGAGUGACACACGAAUUGCGAAACAUUUCUAUCACAUCGUUCACAUCGUUUCGGAAGCGAAUUCACAACAAUGUGCGUAAAACGAGUUCUUCUCUGCGGGAAAACAUAGUUGAUAGGUUUUAAAACAAACAAUUUGAUCGCUACAUAGGAUUGUGCAACCAACACGGCUAACCCUUUCAGCCACUGACGCGAGUUCCUUUCUAUCAGAGUUUCGUAUCUACCCGCUCCAAUCACGGAGGAACGAGAUAAAAUUUGGUCCUCUGCAAAUCACUUGGAGGAAGACCGUGAGCAAUAGGCGCUUAAAAAUAUAAUUAUAUAGCUGCGAGAAACCUACAGCGUACAAAUACCUGAAAGGGUUAACGUCAGGUAAGUUAAUUGUAUAAUAUACGAUAAGACUGAAAAUAUAUUGAUUAUAAGUCAUUUUUAAUCUAUACUAAUCUCAUUUCCAGAUAGAAAAAUAGAAGCUACAAAAAAAAAAGAAGGUCGGUGUGCUCUGGCGUCUGCAAAAUUGAUAUGUCUCAGUGUUUCAGUGAUAAUUACAGGACAUUUAGUCAGGUAGCAAUAAACAAAAAAAAAAUGCGAUAGAAUCUUAGAUAACGAUAAACGCUAACAGUAGUGUGUACAAGCAAUACUGCCAUUUCGUUUUUCAAUGUAUUACAAGCCUACCAUAUUUUCACUUACAUUGUUAGCAAAAAUAUUUUUUCGUUUUUUUUUCGUUUUCUUUUUUUUUUUUAAUAGAAUCUAUUAGAGUCUAUGUGCAUGCAAAUAAUCUCAGCAUGCGGCUUAAACUAACUUUCAAUAUAUUUAUAUAUAUAUAUGUGUAUAUAUAGGUGUAAAAGUUAAUUAUUAAAUAAAUAAUAAUAUAAACAUUUCUUUUUUUAACAUAUGUUUAAUGUUAUUUGCAUAACUCUAUAUAACAAGUUUUAAACGACAAUGGCUCUGUUAAAGUUUUGAGUUUAAACUCGUUAGGAGAGGUUUCAUCAACGUUCCAUUACCGCUAAUGAUUUUUCUAUCUUUUCACUCUCCCCUUUCUCAAUAAUUAUAAUGUAAACAGACAAAAGCAUAACUAAACAACUAUGAUUAAUGUUAAUCGUCGUUGAUGAAACCAACUUAUCAUUCGUUAAUCAUCACGAAAUCAUCUAGAUAUCUUACGCUAUGCUUUCGAUUUUAGCACUAUGGAUGUACUGCAAAUUUAUUGUAAUUCCCGGAAGUCACUCUUUAAAUUCGAUAUCAAAUGAAAAGUUGGAAGUUGUCGUUUUACAUGUUUGUAACGCGUGCUAUACAUUGUUAUAGUGUAUUAUCAAUUGUUUUAGUUCGCCUUGAACAACCUAUGAUUACUCUAAUUAUCCUAGAAAAUACAGGAUGCCACUUAAAUAAUAUGCGUUAGUUUUACUGGGAAUAUUCUUUUUCCGAAUUUAAUGCAGAUAAUAAAUAUCAUUUCGAGAUGAACGAAACGUCGCGCAUGAAAUGAAGUUAUGAAGAAUGUAACUAUGUUGAUAAAAUAGGCCAAAUUUACAGCUGUAUUUUUCGAUCAAUUUAAACCCGAUGUUUUUCUUAGCGAAAUAUUGAUUGAACACUUUACAUUGUGAUUUGCUAAGAAGUAUCGAUAAUAAACUGUCCUUGAUCAUUAAGUUGCGCAUAACGCAGCGGUAAGAAAUUAUUAAAUCACGUGCACACAAAAUGUACAUUUCUUAGAAUCUUUAAAUGCACCUCGUGUAUUACUAUUACUCACCUCGUAUAUAUGCGCAAUUCCAAAUUUCUCCUUAACUUUACAGUCUCGUUGAGAAUUUCUUAUUCACCAACAAACGUGAAUUUAAAUAUCUUGCUAUUUUAUUAUUGUUACAAAUAACGAGUAGUAUAAAUUCUUCUGUUAUUUGAAUAGUGAUAGUGACAAAUUAGAUCGGCUAAUUUGCGUAAAUUAAAUAUACAUAGAUAUAUACCAGUCAUAAAAAAAAAACGUAAAUACAGAAGAGAGAGAGUAUCGAAAACUGUUUUAGAUAAUAUGUGAUAUUGUAUAGAAUAAAAUAUAAUUAAUAAUAUAUAUUUUUUUCUUGUGACUAGGAUUUCUCCAUAGCGGCAAAAGUAUAUUCUUGUGCCUCGCAUUGUUCCAUCGACAACUUCUCUUUGCCCGUACUUCCGUAUUCGGUCUCUACAUGUAGCGAUAGAGCACAGCUAUUUAAAAGAACGAUAUAAAAUAACUUAAGAUCGUUAAUCGCACGAUCGAGCGAUUAUUCGACAAUUGAAAUAAUUGUCACACAAACGAUAUUCCAUCGGAAACUAAUCAACAGUUUCUCCAAAAGAACCGGAGGCACACACAUUCAUAAAUUGAAUAUUGAACAUUCAAGAUUGUAAAUCCUGAUUUUCCCUCAGUUUUAAACGCGCAUAAUUGUCUCGCAUUCAUACAGCUUGAUAUUAUAUUGCUAUAUAUAUAUAUACGAUGAGUAGCAUUUUUAGCGACUCAAACCGAUCAAAUCCGAUAAAUCGGGGUGAUUAGAUCGGUACGCGUUCAACUGAUAUUGACUUACUUUCAUUGCUCGUCCACACGCGCCUGUGGAUUUUUUAAUGCAGAGAAACGCACUCAAAAGAAACAUAAAAAUACUCAUACCUUGUUAAAUAUUGAAGAAUAUUGUCAAUAAAUAUUACCAUAUGUUUAUGUGAAAUUAAUUCGGCUCCAUCUAUUAGGUUAGUACCAUGGCCCGCAUUGUAGAGUGUGAACACUAUUUCUCUCUAAUCUAAAUUUCGCAACUUGCCUGUGAGAAAGUUCAACCUCCCACGUAUGUCUACCGGCACGUAUACGACAAUAACUGAAUUUGCGAAUGAAACAUAAAAUAGCUAAAGUAAUACUCCUCCGUAUUUGUUAUUGCAUAUUUAUAAUGUUCCUCGUUUAAAUUCAAAUUGGUAUGGAUAAUGCGGACAGGGCAAAACCGGGGCUAACUAAUCUUUAUUACUAGUUUUAUUCUUUUCUGUAAGGAAAAAAGAAGUUAACAAGAUCAUAUAAAUCCCGUCCAAUGGCUAAACUAUUGCUCAUAUAUAUA